AUUCACGCGUGGAAAAUAAAAAUAUUCGUCCGAACUAUUACACGUAUUUAAAUUGCGCCAGUCAAAUUCGCGCCAUUAGUACUUUCUUCUCCACCAAUAAAAAUGGGCCUGGGGCAUCCAAUUAGACGGAAUUCCCUCAUAAUUUUUAUUGCGAGUUGUUUUUCUAGUAAUUUCCAAUUGGCCGGCAAAGUUAAAAAAUCGUUCCGACGAAACACGCAGUCGGACAUUCAAAUUCAAACGUAGGGUUUUUUCCGUCCGUGUGUUUUUUGACGUUCGGGCACAUGCGCCGUAACCUAAAAUUUCGUUGCAGCCAUUUGUUGUUCGCAGAUUAUCGUCUCAAAAACGUUAUUAUUCAGUAUGACUGAUUCAAUGAAUUUCGGUCCAGAUUGGAUUCGUAAUCUGUCCUCUGAAGGUAACACUUCAGGAGGCACAGGUACAAGAUAUCAGCUAGCUGAUUAUCGAUAUGGAAGAGAGGAGAUGUUGGCGUUGUUCGAACGCUCGAAGAGCAUUCGACCUCCGGCCUCAUUAAUAAAUUUUAAAUACUUAUAUUCGGAAGCGACCUUAGAACCAUUGACACUCCAAGCACCUACAGAAGAAGAGCAGAGGACAUGGCAAACACGACCGAUAAGCAUGUCGGGCCGGGGCCGGGGCGGCGGCUCCAUGGAAAGGGGUGGCGGCGGCAGGGGACGGGGCCGCGGCGGCUACCAGGGCUACGGUAGCGGCAGAUCGGCCACCGGCUACGACGGCGGCUGGGCGGCCGGCCACGUAGGCAACAACGGCAGCGGCGGUGGCGGACCAGGCGCCGCCGAACAGACCGACUGGAGCAGUCCGCGCAAGGAGUUCAACUCGGCGAGGGGCUCUUCGGUGGACAACUGGAGGAGGAACGCGAGGGGCUCCCACGAGGAAGACGACGGAUGGAGAAACGUGUCACAGAUACAGGGCAGAAAUCACGACAAAUGGGGAAGGUCGACAAGCUGGCGGGGCGAGGGCGACCAGGGCGAAGAGAGGGGCAGCCAACCGCCCGAGAGGGGCGGCCGUGCCAGUUGGGCGCACGACAGCGAUCGGUCGCUGGGCGGACCGGGCCGUCGUACGUGGGACAACGACGACCACCUACCCGAAUGGGCGACCGAACACCCGACAGAAGGUGGCGGCACGUUCGACGAGCGGGGCGCCUUCCACGGUUCAGACGACGAAUCGACGUUCGAGAAUCGGUCGCCGAACAAACGAGAAAUAAUGCUGCAGAAGUCCACUUCGCAGCAGCACAUUUCCGCCAAAAAUCAGCCGCCCUUGUCCUCAUCGAAAUCGGCCCUGUCUCUCAGCAAACCCCCCGAUAUGGAACGCAAGAGGGAGGGAUCGGAAAAGAGGGAGGAUUCCAAUAAACACGAAAAUGGCAGCUUAGAAAAGGACAAGGAAAAGUCGAACCCAAAUAUUCCAGAAAAACUUGAUAAGGAGCCCCCAAGCGAAACAGAUAAGUCUGAAGCAAAUAAUUUGCUACACGAACCGAAUUCCAUUUUACUUAAUAGGGCGGAUGAUGAUCUUGAAAAAUUACACGAGGACUUGGUAUUGAAACUUGUUGAUAACGAGGAACCAAUAAAAACUCUACCAACGCCAAACAAUUUCGACAUAGGAGGUCCGGUGCAACCUCCACCAAACCUGGCACCAAUACUCAAUGACGAGUGGUUCUAUCAGGAUCCACAGGGUCAAAUGCAAGGCCCGUUCACGAACCUCGAGAUGGCCGAAUGGUUCAAGGCAGGUUACUUCAGUAACCAGUUGAAAAUCCGGCGCGCGGUGGACGAUCGAUUCUUCCUGCUGGGCGAGAUCGUGGCGUUGUGCGCCGGCGGUAAUCCGUUCACCUGCGGCAUACGUUUCCCCGUGCAGAAGAACGACGUCGGACCCGCAAUGCCGAAGUUGGUGCCGCCGACGGCCGGCACCGCCUCGGAGGUGGACAUGAUGCAGCAGUUUCAGUAUCUGCAGAUGGCGCUUAAGCACGGGCGCGUACCACCGGAGCACUGGGGCCCCGCCGCCCUUUCGAUGCAACAGAGGCAGGAGUUGGCGGCGCAGAGGAUGCUGAUGCAGCAGCAGGUACCUCAAGAAAUGUCAUUCAUGCAGCAAGCGCCAGCUGCUAAUCCAUUAAUGCAUAUGUUAUCUCAAAUGCAACAAGUGAACAAGCUGCAGGGAACGCCGCUGGUCGACAAGCCGCCCGCCACCAUCCCGAGUCCGAUGGACCCACAAUACCAGAUGCACAUUAAUAAUCUGAUGAUGCAGAACCGGUUGCCGGGUGCGGGCGCCGCCGGCCUGGCCAAUCACAUGGGCGGACCGGGCGGCGUACCCGGCGCUCUCGCGCCCGACGCCCUGCCUGCCGGACUGGGCGGGUUGGGGCCGUCGGGCAUGAUGCCCAUACCCGGCAUACCCGGACUGGCCGGCAUCGGACUGAUGCGACAGAAUCCGUCGGUGGAUCAGGGGCCACCGGAUAACGAGCCGCUGCGUAACUUACUGAAACAGUUGAGUCAGAGCACUGCACCCAAUAAGAUCGACACACUGUGGCACCAGAACCAGUAUUCAAACUCGCCUCCUAAUCAGUGGCAACAACCGGUGAACAGUGCGCCACAACAAUCCCCACACCAACAGCCACCACAAAGUCAGCAGCCUCCCGAGGUGCCGCUGAGCAUGUGGGACGCACCGCCACAAUCAGUAAUCGGGGAGUCCACACCACCACCUCCACAAAUGACACAACAGCCACCGGUCGACCAAGGUGAGAAACAGUCGCCUCCGACUAAAGAAACGGCCACCAAAGCGAAAGAAGACCAGAAAGAGCUGAAAAAGAAGAAAGAACAGGAGGAGAAACAGGCCAAAAAAGAGCAAGAGGAGAAACGGAAACAAGAACAAAGAAAACAGGAGGCUGACAAAAAGGCGGCCGAAGAGAAGAAGCGCAAAGAGGAGGAGCGCAUCAAGCGCGAACUAGAGCGUGCGAAACGCGACGCCGAAGAGAAACGACAGCGCGAACUGGAAGAAAAGCGACGUGCCAAGGAGCAGCGCAAGGCGGAAGAGGAGGCACGCAAGCGCACCGAAGAACAGCGUCGUGCCGACGAGGAACGACAGCGCAAGGAGGCACGCGAACAGGAGGAACGUGCCCGCGCCACCGAGAAACGCCUUGCCGCCCAGGAACAAAUAAGGCAACAGCAGGCGGCCAAGGCGGCGCCGUGGUCGCAAUCGGCGGCCGGACAGGGCAUGUCUUUGGCUGACAUUCAGAAAGCUGAGAGGGAGAAGAGGGCGCAGGAGGCGGCGCUUCAACUCCAAAGACAACAGAUGCAGCAGGAGCAGCAAAUGCAGUUGCAACAGCAGCAGGAAAAGAGUUCCGGCGGGUUAAAUCUCAGUUGGGCCAAGAAACCAGUAGAACCCAAAAAAGUGAAAUCUCUAGCAGAGAUUCAGGCUGAGGAGCAGGAGAAAAUGGCUAAGCAAGCUGCAGAGGCUCGUUUACAGAAGGAAAAGGAGGCUCCAGUCACCACAAACACCAACAGUAUUUGGAAUGGUUCCAACUUAAGUUGGGCAAGCACUGCGGCUGCGCAGUCUCAGUGGUCUUCGUCCAACUCAACAGGAGGAUUUUGGGACGACAACAGUCACAAAUCACAGCAGCAAUCUGCGAACCGACCGUCCAGCAUGACUAAGAGCAAUACCGUUGUAAACAGCGUCAAAACGCAACAACAAAAGCAGCAGCAGCAGCAAAAACAGCAGCAACCUAAGCAGCAGCAGCAGCAACAGCAGCAACAGAGAAAAGACGAUAGCCAAAACGCCAAAACGAAUAAUAACAAUGGACCAAACGACGAGUUCAUGAAAUGGUGCUACAAAUCAUUGGCGAAUAUUGCCACGAAUAACGAUGUGGACAUACCGACGUUCGUGUGCUUCCUACGCGACAUCGAGAGCGGCUCCGAUGUCCGUGACUACUGCAAGGAGUACCUGGGUGACGGGGCGCCCGCUCAGCAAUUCGCUGCCGCGUUCCUUGAACGGCGGAGGGCGCUGGCGGCCGGUAAACGUAAUGCCGCCCUGAAGGACGACAUGUGUUCGCCGGCGCCGGCGAUCACGCCGGGCGGACACCACCACAACCAGGACUUCCAGGAGGUCAAGGGCAAAAACAAGAAAAACAAAAAAUCAAAAAUGCAAAAAGUCGACUCAAGAAUAUUAGGAUUCAAUGUGACUUCUGCUCCAGACCGAAUCAAUGUGGGUGAUAGAGAUUAUGGUGAUAAUUCUUAAAUAAAAAAAAAUAGUUAUAUGUGUACCAGAAUCAGAAAUUGUUAUAAUCGAUGUACCUUUAAUAUAUACAUAUAUAAUUGUUUUUUUUAAUAUUUUUUUUUUCAGUUUACUUGGCUUAUUUAUAUGUAAUACAUUUUAUGUUUUACAAUUCUACUGUUUAAAUAUUAGUUUUACAUAAAAAACGA